GUAGAGGGGAGAGGAAGCCCGAGCUCCGCCCGCGCCAUGGCGCUGGAGUCCAUCCGGUACCGGCGUGGGUCCCUCUCCAUCCUCAACCAGCGCCUGCUGCCGGAGCAGCUCCGCUAUGAGCGGGUGGACGGAGCGGAGCGCGCCUGGGAGGCCAUCAACGGCAUGGAGGUCCGGGGAGCGCCCGCGAUCGCGCUGGUUGGAUGCUUGAGCCUGGCGCUGGAGCUGGCGGCCGGGGCCGGGGCCGGUGCCGGGGAUGGGGUCGCGGCCCUGGAGGCCUUCGUGGAGCAGCGACUCCGGUUCCUGCUCACGGCGCGACCCACGGCGGUGAACCUGCACCGUGAGGCCGAGCGGCUGCGGGAGCGGCUGCGGGAAUGGAGCCGGAGCCCCGGGAUCACGGCCCCGGAGCUGCGAGAGCGCAUCAUUGAGCACAUUGAAGGGCUCCUGGCCAAGGACCGAGAGGACAAUGAGAGCAUUGGGGCUCAUGGGGCCCGGGACAUCCUGCGCCGCGUCCCUGCCGGUGCCACCGUCACCGUCCUCACCCACUGCAACACCGGGAGCCUCGCCACGGCCGGCUAUGGCACUGCACUUGGCAUUGUGCGGGCACUGCACGGGCAGGGCCGGCUGCGGAGGGUCCUAUGCACCGAGACCCGGCCCUACAACCAGGGCAGCCGCCUGACGGCCUUCGAGCUGCUGCACGACAACAUCCCCGUCACCCUCAUCACUGACAGCGCUGCCGCUGCUGCCAUGAGGGAGCACGGGGUGGAUGGUGAGAGUCGGGAGGGACCGCAACGGGGAUGA